AAAAUGUAGGUAAAAUGACGUUCGAUGAGGUGUUUGCUGACAAGCCUCGCGCGACUGUUUCUAUACGUAUAUAUCUACCGGCCGGCGUUCAUAAUCCCACCAGUGUUAGUUUGCCCACCAAGCCGGUAGCACCACAGACUCAUAACACCAGUUAGACAUGCCGAAAUACGUGUUCCACUACUUUAAUGGCAAGGGUUUGGGAGAGCCAGUGCGUCUGCUGCUGGCUUUCGGAGAUGAAGGGUUUGAAGACCAUCGAGUAGCUUUCAAUGAGUGGACGGAGUUCAAGCCAAAGACCCCCUUCGGUCAGAUGCCAUUCCUGGAGUUCGACGGCAAACAGUACGCCCAGAGUCUGUCCCUCGCUCGCUACCUCGGCAAUAAGUACGAUCUGGGAGGAGACACCCUCGAGGAUGCGCUGGAGAUCGACCAGAACGUCGACCUCAUUCACGACCUUCUUACGAAGGGUAUAAUUGCAUACCACGAGGAGGAUGAGGCUGUGAAGGAGAAGAAGUAUGCUGAGUUCAACAAGGAUGUGUUCCCCAACUUGCUGGAGAAACUGAACGAGAUCAUCACUAAGAACAACGGCCAUGUUGCCCUUGGAAAGCUGACGUGGGGAGAUUUCGUGUUCGUCGGUUGGUUUGACUACAUCAAGGACUUGCUGGUCGUGCCUGACUUGGAAAAGAAGUAUCCAGUAUUCCAGAAGGUCGUUGACGCCGUGUACUCCAUUCCCAAGGUGAAGACCUACGCUGAUGCUGUAGGGCCCACGGAGUUCUAAAUUUAAGACUAAAGAGAUUGCAUUUUAUACCAAGGCUGUGUUUAAGUAGUAAGUGUUUAAGUAGAAGUAUAUUGUUUUUAAAUAAAUAACUUAGAAUUUAA